AUGGACGCCGCUGCCGCCACCAAAGAAUGCUCCAGCUGGCUCUCCUCCUCAGUCCUCAUCCUUGUCCUCCGCCAUGGCAGGAAUGAGAAGCGGGAGGGCUUCAUCGGCGUGCGGCCGCGGCCGUGGGGCACGUUUGCCGCCGAGAUCCGCGACUCCACGCGGAGGGGCGCUCGCGUGUGGCUCGGCACCUUCGACACCCCGGAGGCCGCCGCCGUCCUCAACUUCCCCGUCCACCGCGUGCGGGAGUCGCUGGCGCCGCUCGCGCUCGCCGGCGGCGCUGGGGACGGCGGCUCCCCUGUCCUCGCGCUCAAGCGGCGGCACUCCAAGCGCACGCGCAGGCGGCGCAGAAGGCUCUCCCGGACGAGCAUGGACGACGGCCCAGGAUCUCCAGCCGCCAUGCCAGUGCUCCGACGUGUCGGCCACGGCCGAGAUGGCGGUGCCGCAGCAGCAGGUGACGGCGGCGAGCUGCCAGGUACGCUGUGGCGUCCUGGAGCUCGAGGACCUCGGCGCUGAUUACUUGGAUGAGCUCCUCCGGACGUCAUGCGAGUUGGCAGCAGGUUGAAGUCCUGGUCGUCGUCGUCGUCGUCAUCAGUUCAGCAUUAUCAAGGUCAAGCCAAUGCUGUCGCACGGCCACCAGCUAUUACCAUUAUCUAAGUUUGCACGCACCCCUUUAGCCAAACAUAGGAUCUGUUUGGUUAAGGUCACUGGAUGGCAAACCAAAAUUUGGCCAUAUGCCCAUAAAUUUUGGCAUUUCUUUGGUGUAUAUGCCAAACAUUUGCCUAGCCGUAGAGAAAAUUUAGCUGGACAAGCGUUUCCUUCACAGAUGCUGGACAAGAUUUUAGCCGAAGAGAACAUCUGGACGAGGUUUCCUGCGUUGUAAAUUUAUAAUCACUUGAAAAUUUUCAAAUAAAGGGCUUGCACCUCUGCACUGAAAAAUUGAAUUCGACAAAAUUUUGAAAAAAAA